GGCUGCCAGACCAGUUCUGGCCCCCAUCCCUCUGGCUAUUGAGCCAUUCAUGAGGAGACGAUCGUCGAUGCCUCAGGGCUUCCCAAGAAAGAUCCAAUCAGAGACCAUGAUAAACGACCAUUUCUCCCAGCAGGCCAAUAGAGUUCGGACGUCACAACGGCCAGAACACGGAUUAUGGUUUUCCGAAUGAGCAGCACCAUUUUCGUCGACACGCGACUAACUUCACAGUCGACCCCGCUCGUACAUGCUGCGACUUUCCCCUCUGAUCAUGGUCGACAGGCCGGCUUUCCUGGGUCUCCUCAGGAGUGGCAGAAACGAAUGGCUCGGUGACACGAGAGACCUUAGCUUCGCCUUACCCCUCCUGCACAAUGAACCCUGUCGCCCAUAAUAAGGGGGAUUUUUCGUCAAGAUGAUACUCCAGCCUCACCUUGACACUCUCAAAACUUGGUCACCAAACACCAAAGACAGACAGACGCCAUCAUGGGUUCGAUUGGGAACACACAAGAUGUAUAUGACUACAUCAUCUGUGGUGGAGGAACCUCUGGUUGUGUAGUCGCAGGUCGCCUUGCUGAGAAUCCUGAUAUCAAAAUCCUUGUCAUCGAAGCCGGACAACACAAUCGGGACCUGGAAAAUGUACACAUGGCCGGAGGAUGGUCGAACAACUUCGACUCAGAGACCGACUGGAACAUAAUCACGAAGCCAAUGCCCGGAGUUGACAAUCGCCAGGUGAAACUCAGUCGUGGUCGGUUUCUCGGCGGUUGUAGUGGAUGCAAUGGCACACUGUGCAUACGAGGUGCCAAACAGGACUACGAUGACUGGGGACUGGAAGGUUGGAGUGGCGAGGAGUUCUUUGCUGCCAUGAGAAAGGCGGAAACCUUCCACACCAAGCCCUGGUUCAAAGCGGACGAGAAGAGCCACGGGUAUUCCGGCCCUCUGCACACCGAACCCCAUGACCUCGCCCCUAUUGCCAAUCUCCUCUUGGACUCCUUCGUUUCACAGGGUCUGCCUCUACACCACGACAUGUUCAGCACCGGCGACAUACCCCAUGGAUGCGGCCACGUGCCUCGGACGGUCUACAAGGGCAUUCGGUCCACUGCGGCGGACUACAUCACUAAGGAAUACCACCGCAAUAAUGUGACCAUCCAGACAGACACCACCGUCGACCGCGUCGUGCUCGAACAGGGUCCCGAUGGGCUCCGAGCAACCAGUGUCAUCACCCAGCUGGCAGAUGGGACACCACGCACAUUCCACGCGCGAAAGGAAAUCAUUGUCUCCGGAGGAGCAUACUGCAGUCCUGCCAUCCUGAUGCGCUCAGGAAUCGGAGCCCGCGAGGAGUUGGAGCAGCACGGCAUCCCCUGCCAAGUUGAUCUCCCCGGCGUGGGCAAGAACCUCAUGGACCACCUGAUCGUCUUCAUGUUCUACGAAACCGAAAAAGAAGGCCUCACGAACGACUUCCACGUCUACCACGACAACAACCUCGCCAAAACCUACCAGCAGUGGAAAGAGCACAAGUCCGGCUUCCUCUCCACCUUCCCCUUCGGCUCCUUCGCUUUCGCCCGCAUCGACGACCGUCUAAAGGACGAGCCCCUCUGGCGCGACGCCCCCCGCCAACCCGGCCGUGAUCCCAUGGGCCUCACCCCCAAGCAACCCAACAUUGAGUUCUUCACGACGGAAUGCUACGGCGGCCCUAAGCAGUACAACCAGUUCCCCAUCGACCACAAACACGCCUUUUCCAUGAUUGCCGAGCUCUUUGCGCCCAAGUCCCGCGGUACCGUGACGCUCAAGUCCAAGGAUGCAAAGGAGAACCCGGUCGUCGACUGCAACUAUCUCUCUGACCCAUUGGAUAUGCUCGUGUUGACCGAGGCGUGUCGCUUCGGCAACGAGAUUGUGAUGAACGGUGCGGGAACGAAGGAUAUCGUCAAGGGGUCGUGGCCGCCGAAUCUCAAGCAUCAUACGUACAAGACGAGAGAGGAGUGGAUUCCGUAUGUCAAGGAGCAUGCGACGACUUGCUAUCACGCUUCCGGCACAUGCGCAAUGGGCAAAGACGACAAUCUGAUGGCUGUGCUGGAUAACAAGCUACGGGUGAAGAGUGUUGCUGGUCUUCGGGUGGCGGAUUGCAGCGUUAUGCCUACGUUGCAUGGGGGACAUACCCAGAUGCCUGCGUAUGGCAUUGGGGAGAGGUGUGCUGACUUUAUCAAGGAGACUUGGUAG